AUCUUGGAUUAAUUAAGUACAUUAUAGUGCCCCCUAGUGUCAAAGAUGAAUACAGUUACACGUUUACUACAACUUUAUGAAUGAUCAAAUCAACUUUAUUUGUCACAUGCGCCAAAUACAACAAGUGUAGACUUUACCAUGAAAUGCAUACUUACAAGCCCUUAGCCAACAGUGCAGUUCAAGAAGAGUUAAGAAAAUAUUUUCAAAAUAGACUAAAAUAAAAAAGUAAUAAUAAAAAGUAUACCAAGUAGACUAAAAUAAAAAGUAAUAAUAAAAAACAACACAAUAAGAAUAACAAUAAUGAGGCUACAUACAGGGGGCACCGGUACUGAGCCAGUGUGUGGGGGUACAGGUAAUUUGUACAUGUAGGCGGGGGUGAAGUGACCAUGCAUAGAUAAUAAACGGUGAGUAGCCUCAGUGCACAAAAAAGGGGGGGGAUUGUCCGGUGGUGAAUUUAUUAAUUGUUCAGCAGUCUUGUGGCUUGGGGGUAGAAGCUGUUGAGGAGCCUUUUGGUCCUAGACUUGGCGCACCGGUACUCUUGCCGUGCACCAGUCUUAUAUAGGAAAGAACAUUGCAACUUCUAAUAUUUUGUUAAAACAAUACUAAAGGUUGUGUUUGAGACUGACUGACUGAUCUACAAAUAAUAAUGAGUGGUUAUUUAUAAUGCUCAGGGAUUUGUAGAUCAGAACAAGCCCAGAGACUCUAGGUAACCAAGCUAUUGCAAGUAAGAUAUAGCUUACAAAACCAUAUUGCUACUAAUUUCCCAGAAAUCACUAGACAGACAGCUGACUGGGCUGUUACUCUGGUGAGCUACUUAUUGCAGUCACCAGCUGGGUUGGAGAACCUCACAAAUUCAAAUCAAAUGUUAUUUGUCACAUGUGCCGAAUACAAUAGUUGUAGUGAAAUGCUUACUUACAAGCCCUUAACCAACAAUGCAAUUUUAAGAAAAAUAAAUUAAUUAAUGUACCAAAAAAAUGAAAGCGCAUCAGUAAAAUAACAAUAGCGAGGCUAUAUACAAAAAAUACCGGUACAAAGUCAGUGUGGAGGGACACCGGUUAGUGGAGGUAAUAUGUACAUGUAGGUAGAGUUAUUGAAGUGACUGCAUAGAUAAUAACAGAGUAGCAGCAGCAUAAAGGGGGGAUGCAAAUAGUCUGGGUAGCCAUUUGUUUAGAUGUUCAGGAGUCUCAUGUUUUGGGGGUAGAAGCUAUUUAGAAGCCUCUGGGACCUAGACUUGGCGCUUCGGUACUGCUUGACGUGCGGUAGCAGAGAGAACAGUCUAUGACUUGGUUGGUUGGAGUCUUUGACAAUUUUUAGGGCCUUCCUUUGACACCGCCUUGUAUAGAGGUCCUGGAUGGCAGGAAGCUUAGCUGACAGUUCACACACACACUUAACCAUUUUUAGGGUGGCACACAAUUGCCCAGCGUCGUCCGGGUUAGGGUUUGGCCGGGGUAGGCCGUCAUUGUAAAUAAGAAUUUGUUCUUAACGGACUUACCUAGUUAAAUAAAGGUUAAAUAAAAAAAUCAAAUAAAAACGUGGUAUGUCUCCAUAGGCUUGGUCCUUGGUUCAGCUGAGCUGAGGGAGUCUUGUGUGUGUUUGCUGAUAACUCCCUGUAGUGCAUGUCUGUGACAGGUGUGGCUAACUGUGGCCGUACUGAUAACAAGUGUCUUGUUUCAGCCGACUAGAGUCAAGCUCCCUCUACAGGCUCUCACUUAUUCUCUUUCCCCCUUUUCUGUCUCUCUCUCCCACUCAUCAAGGCACACAUUGUUUUGUCUGCAUCCAUAAUGGCCCUGUAUUCUCUAUAUAGUGGUGCUCUGAUCAAAAUUAGUGCACUAUAGGUAAUAGACUGCUGUUUGGGACAUCCCAUAACUCUGACUUUCUUUCACUGAAUAAGGACAACUCCACGAGGGAAGAAUGAGUUGCCAGAAGCAUGUUGUGCCCUCUCACAUUCAUGCAUUCCUUAUUGAAAAUAGAGUUCAAACAAAGUUUAUGAAUACAUAAUUGGUCAUAUGAGCUAUCAGUUUGAUCCGGUUUGUAACAAAAACAAAAACAACCUUAAUAGAAUAGCACAUCUUGUAAUUUGCCCAGAACACACUGUCUGUGCCUAUGUGGUGGACUGUGGGAGCCUGUGAGGGCAUGGCACGAAUCCAGAUAAUCCAAGUCAUGUUUCCUGUAGGGAGCUAAUUAAAAGUAGCAGAGCUAAGGUUUGGGCUCUGUUAGGAAUUCAAUUCAAACUGUGUUUUCUUGUCAAAUGGCUUGUUUAGCCUAACCUCUUAAAUGUACAUAGAAAGAGAGAGCCCUUAAAUUGAAUUGAAAUUGAAUUGAAACCAGUCUUGUAAUUGACGUGCUUAUUUAUUGUCCACUUCUCUUAAUUCAGAACAAGAAAAUAGUGUUACCAACUAUUCCAAAGAAAAUAAGCUAUAUACACACGAAUGGAUUUAUAUCUCAUGAAGUCAGUUAUUUAAGAAGAGGAUCUUGUCCAGGUAUGCUACAGAAGACUGUCUAUGGGGGCGUCGUUGAAAGCGCACACGGGUCCGUGAGCGCACGAUCCGAACAACCCUCUUGAUACAGACAGCGGUUUUGCCUUCUUUACUAGAGAUACGGUUGACAACUCACACGUACAAGGGCGAUGGACGGUCCGGUUUUCUCGGGUUAUCUGAGAAGUAUGUGUAUUUUCCGAAUUUGAACACAUUUGGAGAAAUUGGAAUAAGAACCGCUACAAUGUCACAAGUGGAGGUUGAAAUAGCUGGACGCGGCUUCCCAAGCCUCUCGGUCGACCUAAACGAUGACUGCUUAUCUGGUCGAGUCCCGUCGAUGCCACUGACCUACAAUUUGGGGACCAGGAGAAACUCUUAUGGGCUUCACAAAAUUAACAUGGACAUUGACCCACAACUAUAUGGCGGGGCGCUUUCAAAGGCUCUGUCCUGGUCAGCGGAGAAUAUUUUAACGUUAAACGAGGCCAGAGUAGAAGAAGACGACAAAACGUAUACUCCACCGGCGUCUCCAUCUCCAGUCUCCAGCCCGGGCGCGAGCAUCACCGGCAGCACGCCCCCUUGUACCCAAGUCUCGGACCCCGUCACCCCGCUGGACAACAACUGGAGCUCGCUCCCGAGCCCCAACACACAAGAUGCCAGCUCGGACUCAGACAAUGAGCUUGUUCAAAAUAAAGCACACAAAGUGUUGUCACGCAGUCCGUAUGAAAGCAAAUGUGAACAGGAGGAGAGGGAGGACAUUGAGACCAAAGCUGUGGCCACCUCACCUGAUGGAAGAUACCUGAAAUUCAACAUUGAGAUUGGGAGGGGAUCGUUCAAGACCGUCUAUAAAGGACUGGACACAGAGACUACUGUGGAAGUGGCAUGGUGCGAGCUGCAGACACGUAAGCUGACCAAGGUGGAGCGGCAGAGGUUCAGCGAGGAGGUGGAGAUGCUGAAGGGUCUGCAGCACCCAAACAUUGUCCGCUUCUACGACUCCUGGAAGGACAACUCCAAGGGCCUCAAGUGCAUCCUUUUGGUCACUGAGCUCAUGACCUCCGGCACCCUCAAAACGUACCUGAAGAGGUUUAAGGAGAUGAAGCUGAAGCUACUGCAGCGCUGGAGCCGUCAGAUCCUGAAGGGGCUCCACUUCCUCCACACCCGCACCCCUCCCAUCAUCCACAGGGACCUCAAGUGUGACAACAUCUUCAUCACCGGCCCCACCGGCUCCGUCAAGAUUGGAGAUCUGGGCCUGGCCACACUCAAAAGAGCCUCCUUCGCUAAAAGUGUCAUUGGUACCCCAGAGUUCAUGGCUCCAGAGAUGUAUGAGGAGAAGUAUGAUGAGGCUGUGGAUGUCUAUGCCUUUGGGAUGUGUAUCCUGGAGAUGGCCACAUCAGAGUAUCCCUACUCCGAGUGCCAGAACGCAGCACAGAUCUACCGUAAAGUCACCAGCGGGAUGAAACCAGACAGUUUUUACAAAGUCAAGGUCCCAGAGCUCAAAGAGAUCAUCGAAGGAUGUAUCCGGAUGGACAAAGAUGAAAGGUACACCAUCCAGGACCUGCUGGAGCACACGUUCUUCCAGGAGAACAACGGCGUCCAUGUUGAGUUGGCUGAGGAGGACGACAUGGUGAAGUCAGGCCUGAAGCUGUGGCUCCGGAUGGACGACACCAAGAAACUCCACGGGAAGUACAAGGACAACAACGCCAUUGAGUUCCUGUUCGAACUCUACAAGGACGUGCCAGAGGAGGUGGCGCAGGAAAUGGUGGUGCUGGGCUUCGUGUGCGAGGCUGACUUCAAGCUGGUGGCCAAGGCCAUCCGGAACCGUGUCAACGCCAUCAAGCGCCAGCGGGAGAAACUGCGCCUCCUUGCAGAGAAGAAGAAGGAGGCCAUUGAGGAGGAGCCUGAGCCUGCACUGCAGCCGCCCUCCCCGAAAAUCAACAGGUCUCCAUCAAUGUUGGAGACUCCUCAGUGCCCCAUCCUCAUCCCCACCCCGACCCCCACACCUGCCCAGAGCCAGGUUCAGACCCCCCCGAACCCUCACACCCACACUCUGUCCCCACUCAACAGCUAUCUAAACUUGGGCAUCAAUGCCAGCUUCAUCCCUGAACCAGAGGAACCAGAGGCAGACCAGCAUCAGCACUUCCAGGUCCACCACACCAGCUGCUCCUCAGCCAACUCUGACUGUGAGACAGACGGCUAUCUCAGCUCCUCUGGCCUCCAGGACCCCCUGGAGACAGUGGUCAGCCUCAAAGGGUCAACCCUCAACGGGACUGGGACUACUUCCCUCAAUGGACACCCUCACCACCACCCCAUCCCAGCCCUUCGCUUUCCCUCUAGUAUUGCAGUAUUGGGUAAUACGGAGCAUGGACACUCUGGAGGACACCCUCCCAGCGGCUUUACCUCACCUGUGGACAGCUACGCCUCUGACAUGAUCUCAGGUUUGAGUGACGUCUAUGAGGGCCUAUCAGAGAGGAGCGGCAAGACUGCUGCCAGGCGCACGGCUGGCAAGCUGUUCCGGAGAAGGGCCCGUUCAAGACUGCGCAUCACUGGGCUCUCUGACAAAGACGACCGGGUGGUGGAGUGUCAGCUGCAGACUCACAAUGACAAGAUGGUUACCUUCAAGUUCGACCUGGACGGAGACAACCCAGAGGACAUUGCAGCUGUCAUGGUUCACAAUGAGUUCAUCCUGCCAGCGGAGAAGGAGGGGUUUAUCCAACGCAUAGGUGACAUCAUUAAGAGGGCAGAGGCUCUGAUGAAGGAGCAUAAGGUCCACGUGGGUGGCGGCCACGGAGCACCACGCCCACAACACCACAACGGGGUCAACUCACUAUCCGCGUCCCAGCCUAAUCUUCACAGUCACAUUCUGGAGCGGACACACUCUUCCUACUCUCUACCUGACUUCAGCAUGGCUGGCCCCAGUGUAGGGGUAUGUGACUCUCCCUCAGGGCCCACUGGUGGAGGAGACUUCUUCAGCCCAGCAGACAUGACUUCACCUGCAGGGAGACCUCUAUUACGCUCCCAGUCUUUCCAAAACGCCCCAGGUUCUCCUCACUACUACUACCACCACCCAGCCUCCAUGUACUCCUCAGAGCCCCCCCAGCAGCAGCAACACCAGCAGUACUACCACAUACCCCCCUUCAUGGGCCACACACACUUCCCCUUCCCCUACCCAGUGAACCCCGGUGCCCCCAAACCAGUGGGGUCCCAUCCUUCCCUCACACGGGUCGCCAGCAACCCCACGUUCCCCUCCGUCCUCUCCCCAGCCCCAGGCUCCCCCGGCGGCCCCCACUCUGAUGCUCCGAGCCCCUCUGAGUACAGCGGUGAGGGGAACCCCCUGACCCUCCCUCCUCACCCCCAGAACCCCAACAUGUGGCCCUCCCACACACAGCCCCUCUUCUCCCUGGCCAAUGUAAUCUCCAUGGCAAUGAGCAUGGCUCAAUCCUUCAUCCCUGCCAACAGCCUGGCUAACCAGGGGAUGCCCUCUAUAGCAGGCUUCCACCCCCAGCUAACCCACCCUCAGUCGGUCUACUCGUCCGUCUACUCCCCCCACUACCAAACUGCUCCAGUGGAGCUCCCUUACACCCAGGGUGGGACACCUGGCCAAGGGCAGCAACACAGUGUCUACCAGGGCCCAGACACUCCACCACAGAUGCAGAGGGAUGGCUCAGUGUCUGUGUACUCUCAAAAUGGACACCCCGGCUGGCAGCAUAAUCACAUAGCUCCCCCUACGAUGGGCUACAACAGCCCACAGAUGGUAUCACAGCAAGCAGCAUCCAGCCCUCUAUGCCAUUUACAGAAUAGUUCCCAGGGGUCCUACAUAGUUCCUCAGGACCAGUCUGAUGUGUCCAGCUGUGCGUCAGGGUCUGAUCUGUCCCCUUCGUCCCCAGACAGCCCGGAGAGCACAUUAUCAUCGUUCAGCUCAACCACACCAAUGUCGAGACCUACGGUGCCUGAGAUGAACGCCAGUGCUCCCAAGCCCAGACUAUCCCCCAGUUACACAGAUCCCCCGCCUGCUGCCGUCACAGUGGGUCGUUUCCAGGUCACCCCUAGCAUGGAGAUCCCUGUGCCUGCUGCACCAGAUGGACAAGGCUCUAACCCCACCAGGCCCAAGUCAGUGGGCAGCUCCACCCCAGGCCCCACCAGGCCCAAGUCAGUGGGCAGCUCCAACCCAGGCCCCACAAGGCCCAAGUCAGUGGGCAGCUCCAACCCAGGCCCCACAAGGCCCAAGUCAGUGGGCAGCUCUACCACCUCUGAGAGCAGCACAGAGGAGCAGGGGCGGGCAGAAACCAGCCUGAACACCUCCCUCACUCUCUCCCCCCCAGACCGACACCUCCCUGCGGAGGAGGACCGGGAGGUCCCGGUAGGGUGGGCCAGGACCAAAGAGCAGCAGCAGGAAGAGGAGGAGGAAGAAGAAGGGGAAGAAGAUGAGAAGAAAGAGCAGCAGAUAGUAAGGAGGAGGAGUGUGUGUAGUCUCAGUCUGAUAGGUACGUCUGCAGACAGCGGCCUGUCCGUCACGGUGGUGGAUUCAGAGGGGUGUGGCCCGUGGGAGGGAGGUGCAGGGAGCCCUACCUACAACUCGGCCCUGCACCACUUGUGGCUGAGCUACAGCCGCAACUUCACGUACAUGAGCAGUGACGACUCGGAGAGCGAGGACGAGGACAUGCGGCAGGAGUUGCAGGUGAUGAGGGAGAAACACUUGGUGCAGGUGCAGAGUCUCCAGGCCACCCAGAAGAGGGAAAUUGAGGAGCUGUAUGAGAGGAUGGGGAAGGUUCCCCCUGCGGGGAUUGUCUCACCUGCCGCCAUGCUCUCCAGUCGCCAACGCCGUAUCUCUAAGGAGAGGAGUUACCCCUCCACCUCCCGCAGAAACAGCCUGCAGCGCCUGGACAUGCUCCCCCUCCAAGGUAUCAUCAGGAGGAACUCUCUGGGUGGCAGCAACAGCAGCAGCAGCUCUCUGGAGAAGCCUUCUAAAGGGGUGACCUUUGCUUCCGAUGUCAGUAGAAUGUAAGAAUCUUCAGCCAUGCUUGCUGUAGAAUAAGCCGACUACCUCAUCUAAAAUGUGACUGAAAUAAUCAUGCCCAUCCUGCUGGAGGAAAGAACUGACGUCACCUCUAAACCCUUUAUCUGGGCCCCCAUUGGAGGAGACUAACCUAGAUGCCCCAGAAACCAGGAAGCUCCUCUGCUGAUCCAAUAGUCACAGGGUUAAUCAUAGGUCACAGGUCCGUCAGAGGUCGCUGAGCCCUCUGCUAUGAAGGGGCAACAGAACCUUUGUCAUCCUCUGUCAGUCACCCCCAAGAGAAGCUUGCCAGAUUCAAUGGUUCAGUGCAACAUACCCGUUCUCGGAUGCCACCAGAGCAGUGUUUAAAGUGAGAUGGUCAAAAGUUUCAAAACGUCCUCAGCUAAUGCAUAUAAAAGGCUCACAAUAGUGCUAGCCCAAGUAGUGCACCAUCAUUCUUCAUACUAUGCAAUGCUAGUGAGAAACGUGCGAUCAUUGUACAUAGCGCCUUAAUGAUCAGCUGUAGUCCUGCCUUGUAGCCACAGAGCGGUAAGGGUUGUUCCAGCUACAAUAUUGGGAUCAUGGGAUCGAGGCCGAGGCUAUUGAUCAUUAUUUUCCUGCUUAUCUGACUGUCGCACACAUUUUUAUUGCGAGCAGUGGAGUGAGAUGAAGCUCAGUAACUCUCGCUGUGUUUCAGAUGAUUCACUCUCCUCUUUGCACAUUUGACUGUCUGUUUGCAAUCUGUUGAUGCUGACUGUAGCUCGCUACUGCCCUCUAGAGUCGGACUACGGAAGUCCAGAUAUGUUGUUAUAGUUUUCGUAACUCAUGCCUGUUUUCCAAUGUACAAUAGUGAUGCAACAAUAUUUCUGAUGAAUUCAACAGAUUUAUGAAGGACGACUGUUGUCAAUGUGUAGAAAGAUGUGAACAUAGGUGUUAAAAGAUGUUAGGCAGUACCUUAUAUACAAUUAUAGUGAGCAUUUAUCAAUAAAAUGCAACACUAUGACAAGUAGCUUUCCGAACAACCAUAUACAGUACUAUAGGUAGACCAACAACACUGAAAUCCUUUUGGUGUCAGUCUUUCCAGAAUAUUUCAGAAUUUCACGUGUUCAUAUGAAAUAUAAAAAGGUUAUACAGUAAGAAGCUAGGCACAAUACAGCUCUAUAAAUGACAAAUACCCAAGACUAAAACUACUUAAAAAAACAAAUCAAGUUAAAUUAUUGCCAAAUCAUCCACAUCGAUUAAAAUAAAUAAGGCAAUUUAUGGUUGAUGAUUUUCAACUCUCCUGUCUUUUUAGCUGAGACUAUAUUUUCUCCCCAAAUAAUCAAACAUAGGUCUAGACUACUGGUUCUCAGCAUGAUUGUAAAUGUGUAAAUAUGAAAUAAUGCAUUUGUAAAUUACUUUUACAAAUGAAUCGAAGAUAUUUUGGCAAGCUACUUUUCUUGUGCAAACACAUUGACAAUGAUAAACCUUGCUGCAAUAAACCAGGCACCCUAUGCACUUUAGUCAAUUCUACUUUAGUAGGAACUCAUCACACUUUUUGGUAAAGUAAGUAGCAUAUUUAUAUGCACAAGUGGGGAAGAGUACGACUACCCUAACAAAUGAAUUAAACUGUGAGCCCAUAUUAGUGAUUACCUUAAAUACACAUAUGGAAUUCUAUUGCAAUGAUCCUCUUAAGAUUUAUAUUUAAAGUAAGAAAAAGUGAAUGCAUGUAUGAUUGUUGGUUGAUUGUAUUGCUUUAACAUACAAAGCUGCUGUCCUGCCAUGCUCAAUCUGUGCCUUGUCCUUGCAAUGU